GGAAGGAAGGAGAGAGCGGUGGGGGAACUUGGAACAGCCGAUGAUUAUUAGCUGACUUCAGUAUGCUCGAAAUUUUGGUUAUAUCGAGUAGUGAUUUAUUUUUUUCGUGAAUACAGAUGCACGAGGCAUCGUUUGCGUCUUUCCGUGACGGUACCCGUGGCAAAUGAGGUCGGCACGCUCCACAUAGCAUGCAUCUCCACUCGACAAGACACCUGAAGGCUCUCUUCGUUUAAUUGGCCUACAUAACCGUUCCGACAAUUAUGAAUUUGCAAACGCUUUUUCAAGACUUCAACCCGAGUAAAUUUCUGGUACACACAUGUUUGAUGAUAUUCACAUCUCUAUUCGCUCUUCGAUUGGAUGGUUUCAUUGAAUGGAGUUAUUGGUCGAUAUUCAGUCCGAUAUGGUUCUGGAAAGGCAUGGUGAUCCUGGGAGCGAUAGUUGGAAGCUAUGUCUGGUGGAGGCAUCCUCACGCGAGAUUAGAAGGAGAUGCCUAUGUACAUUAUAAAGCAAUGCUGAUUACUCUGGCGUUGCAUCUAAUCUUGUUGAUGUUCGAGUUGUUAGUAUGCGACAAAUUAGAAUCCGAAAGGCACUUAUGGAUUCUGGUAUUCAUACCUUUGAUUUUUAUCUCAAUAGUAUCAAUUGCGGUUUGCAUUUGGGCUGUAAAACAUGAUCGAUCGUUUGAAUUGGAACUUUUUUGUGCAGUGAAUGUAUUGCAAUUUAUCUUUUUGGCUUUGAGAUUAGACGGCUUUAUAACAUGGAGCUGGGAAGUUGUGUUCGUACCACUAUGGGCACUUCUUUGUUUAUCGUUGGUAGCUGUUUUAUAUGCGAUAGUAUUCGCCGCUGUUUUAUUGAGAACGCCACAAAUCAAUGCCCGGCAGAGGCGGACCUCUUUGCACUCAGCGGUGGCGUAUACAUUUCUCGUUGUUCCCAUUUUAGUAUUUCAGGUACUGCUAGCGAAUAAAUUAGAUGGAGAUAUUUCAAUAAAUUAUAUAACAGUGGCAAUGCCACUUCUUCUAUCGCACAUGACUCUUAUUUUUAUGUCUUUUGGUGCAAAAGGCGGAAAUAGAUGGUGGUUUGGUAUCAGAAAAGACUUUUGUCACUUCCUGCUAGGUUUAUGUCCAUUGCUUCAAGAAUAUGGUAAUAUUUCUUAUCAACCAAGAGACGAACGAGAUCAACCACCAUCUGAGCCAAUGAUUACAGACAAGAGCGAGAAACUUAUUAAGAAAAUCGACCUAAUGAAACCUGUUGUGCCUAUAAUUUCUAUAGACAUGCCUGACUGAUUGGCUCAAAACAGGGUUAGCUCGGCUAUUUUUAAAUUGUUAUUUUUAAUG